AUGUGUUCAACAUACAGGCCAGCAUCGCCCUAAUGGAUUGGAUGGAAGUCCGUGCGUGGUUACCUAAGCACUCUUUUGCGGAACAUGGAUACGCCGGCAGAGGCCGGCCCGAGUUACAGGGGUAUAUCAACUCGACAGCAUCAGAUGUAUUCGUCUUCAGAUCACUUUACUGCAAAAAUGGUCGCGGACUGUGCCUUGGCUGAGUGCGUAUCAUCCAAUCCAAUCGUCCGAGAGAUCCUCCAACCGUGUGACAUGUCACAGAAGAAGGCGGUCGCUCCCCCAGAUACCUGGUUCGUCAGCCCACUGGCCAUGUACGCCUCGUUGUUGUGGGUCAUGUAAAGGAUGUCUCUGUGAGCACCUGUGGCGUAAGAAGGCGAGGUACUCUGUGAUGAAUAAGGCCAUAUCUUCCCCCUGGCACUUACUUCAUCUAGAUUCAAUAAGGGUCCUAGCUACAUCAUGUCUGAACAGGAGUUGCUUUGAGCUACCAGCAAGUUUAA